AUUGUGGCGGGAGAGAGUGUGGCGGGAGAGAUUGUGGCGGGAGAGAUUGUGGCGGGAGAGAGUGUGGCGGGAGAGAUUGUGGCGGGAGAGAGUGUGGCGGGAGAGAUUGUGGCGGGAGAGAUUGUGGCGGGAGAGAGUGUGGCGGGAGAGAUUGUGGCGGGAGAGAGUGUGGCGGGAGAGAUUGUGGCGGGAGAGAUUGUGGCGGGAGAGAGUGUGGCGGGAGAGAUUGUGGCGGGAGAGAUUGUGGCGGGAGAGAUUGUGGCGGGAGAGAUUGUGGCGGGAGAGAUUGUGGCGGGAGAGAUUGUGGCGGGAGAGAUUGUGGCGGGAGAGAUUGUGGCGGGAGAGAUUGUGGCGGGAGAGAGUGUGGCGGGAGAGAUUGUGGCGGGAGAGAGUGUGGCGGGAGAGAUUGUGGCGGGAGAGAGUGUGGCGGGAGAGAGUGUGGCGGGAGAGAGUGUGGCGGGAGAGAGUGUGGCGGGAGAGAGUGUGGCGGGAGAGAGUGUGGCGGGAGAGAGUGUGGCGGGAGAGAGUGUGGCGGGAGAGAGUGUGGCGGGAGAGAGUGUGGCGGGAGAGAGUGUGGCGGGAGAGAGUGUGGCGGGAGAGAGUGUGGCGGGAGAGAGUGUGGCGGGAGAGAGUGUGGCGGGAGAGAGUGUGGCGGGAGAGAGUGUGGCGGGAGAGAGUGUGGCGGGAGAGAGUGUGGCGGGAGAGAGUGUCGCGGGAGAGAUUGUGGCGGGAGAGAGUGUGGCGGGAGAGAGUGUGGCGGGAGAGAGUGUGGCGGGAGAGAUUGUGGCGGGAGAGAGUGUGGCGGGAGAGAGUGUGGCGGGAGAGAGUGUGGCGGGAGAGAGUGUGGCGGGAGAGAGUGUGGCGGGAGAGAGUGUGGCGGGAGAGAGUGUGGCGGGAGAGAGUGUGGCGGGAGAGAGUGUGGCGGGAGAGAGUGUGGCGGGAGAGAGUGUGGCGGGAGAGAGUGUGGCGGGAGAGAUUGUGGCGGGAGAGAGUGUGGCGGGAGAGAGUGUGGCGGGAGAGAGUGUGGCGGGAGAGAUUGUGGCGGGAGAGAGUGUGGCGGGAGAGAUUGUAGCGGGAGAGAUUGUGGCGGGAGAGAGUGUGGCGGGAGAGAUUGUGGCGGGAGAGAGUGUGGCGGGAGAGAUUGUGGCGGGAGAGAUUGUGGCGGGAGAGAGUGUGGCGGGAGAGAUUGUGGCGGGAGAGAGUGUGGCGGGAGAGAUUGUGGCGGGAGAGAUUGUGGCGGGAGAGAGUGUGGCGGGAGAGAUUGUGGCGGGAGAGAUUGUGGCGGGAGAGAUUGUGGCGGGAGAGAUUGUGGCGGGAGAGAUUGUGGCGGGAGAGAUUGUGGCGGGAGAGAUUGUGGCGGGAGAGAUUGUGGCGGGAGAGAUUGUGGCGGGAGAGAGUGUGGCGGGAGAGAUUGUGGCGGGAGAGAGUGUGGCGGGAGAGAUUGUGGCGGGAGAGAUUGUGGCGGGAGAGAGUGUGGCGGGAGAGAUUGUGGCGGGAGAGAGUGUGGCGGGAGAGAGUGUGGCGGGAGAGAGUGUGGCGGGAGAGAGUGUGGCGGGAGAGAGUGUGGCGGGAGAGAGUGUGGCGGGAGAGAGUGUGGCGGGAGAGAGUGUGGCGGGAGAGAAGAUUGUGGCGGGAGAGAGUGUGGCGGGAGAGAGUGUGGCGGGAGAGAGUGUGGCGGGAGAGAGUGUGGCGGGAGAGAGUGUCGCGGGAGAGAUUGUGGCGGGAGAGAGUGUGGCGGGAGAGAGUGUGGCGGGAGAGAGUGUGGCGGGAGAGAUUGUGGCGGGAGAGAGUGUGGCGGGAGAGAGUGUGGCGGGAGAGAGUGUGGCGGGAGAGAUUGUGGCGGGAGAGAGUGUGGCGGGAGAGAGUGUGGCGGGAGAGAGUGUGGCGGGAGAGAGUGUGGCGGGAGAGAUUGUGGCGGGAGAGAUUGUGGCGGGAGAGAUUGUGGCGGGAGAGAUUGUGGCGGGAGAGAUUGUGGCGGGAGAGAUUGUGGCGGGAGAGAUUGUGGCGGGAGAGAUUGUGGCGGGAGAGAUUGUGGCGGGAGAGAGUGUGGCGGGAGAGAUUGUGGCGGGAGAGAGUGUGGCGGGAGAGAUUGUGGCGGGAGAGAUUGUGGCGGGAGAGAGUGUGGCGGGAGAGAUUGUGGCGGGAGAGAGUGUGGCGGGAGAGAGUGUGGCGGGAGAGAGUGUGGCGGGAGAGAGUGUGGCGGGAGAGAGUGUGGCGGGAGAGAGUGUGGCGGGAGAGAGUGUGGCGGGAGAGAGUGUGGCGGGAGAGAGUGUGGCGGGAGAGAGUGUGGCGGGAGAGAGUGUGGCGGGAGAGAUUGUGGCGGGAGAGAGUGUGGCGGGAGAGAGUGUGGCGGGAGAGAGUGUGGCGGGAGAGAGUGUGGCGGGAGAGAGUGUCGCGGGAGAGAUUGUGGCGGGAGAGAGUGUGGCGGGAGAGAGUGUGGCGGGAGAGAGUGUGGCGGGAGAGAUUGUGGCGGGAGAGAGUGUGGCGGGAGAGAGUGUGGCGGGAGAGAGUGUGGCGGUUGAGAGUGUGGCGGGAGAGAGUGUGGCGGGAGAGAGUGUGGCGGGAGAGAGUGUGGCGGGAGAGAGUGUGGCGGGAGAGAGUGUGGCGGGAGAGAUUGUGGCGGGAGAGAGUGUGGCGGGAGAGAGUGUGGCGGGAGAGAGUGUGGCGGGAGAGAGUGUGGCGGGAGAGAGUGUGGCGGGAGAGAUUGUGGCGGGAGAGAGUGUGGCGGGAGAGAGUGUGGCGGGAGAGAUUGUGGCGGGAGAGAGUGUGGCGGGAGAGAGUGUGGCGGGAGAGAGUGUGGCGGGAGAGAGUGUGGCGGGAGAGAGUGUGGCGGGAGAGAUUUUGGCGGGAGAGAGUGUGGCGGGAGAGAGUGUGGCGGGAGAGAGUGUGGCGGGAGAGAGUGUGGCGGGAGAGAGUGUGGCGGGAGAGAUUGUGGCGGGAGAGAGUGUGGCGGGAGAGAGUGUGGCGGGAGAGAGUGUGGCGGGAGAGAGUGUGGCGGGAGAGAGUGUGGCGGGAGAGAUUGUGGCGGGAGAGAGUGUGGCGGGAGAGAGUGUGGCGGGAGAGAGUGUGGCGGGAGAGAGUGUGGCGGGAGAGAGUGUGGCGGGAGAGAUUGUGGCGGGAGAGAGUGUGGCGGGAGAGAGUGUGGCGGGAGAGAGUGUGGCGGGAGAGAUUGUGGCGGGAGAGAUUGUGGCGGGAGAGAGUGUGGCGGGAGAGAGUGUGGCGGGAGAGAGUGUGGCGGGAGAGAUUGUGGCGGGAGAGAGUGUGGCGGGAGAGAGUGUGGCGGGAGAGAGUGUGGCGGGAGAGAUUGUGGCGGGAGAGAGUGUGGCGGGAGAGAUUGUGGCGGGAGAGAUUGUGGCGGGAGAGAGUGUGGCGGGAGAGAUUGUGGCGGGAGAGAGUGUGGCGGGAGAGAGUGUGGCGGGAGAGAGUGUGGCGGGAGAGAGUGUGGCGGGAGAGAGUGUGGCGGGAGAGAGUGUGGCGGGAGAGAGUGUGGCGGGAGAGAGUGUGGCGGGAGAGAGUGUGGCGGGAGAGAGUGUGGCGGGAGAGAGUGUGGCGGGAGAGAUUGUGGCGGGAGAGAGUGUGGCGGGAGAGAGUGUGGCGGGAGAGAGUGUGGCGGUUGAGAGUGUGGCGGGAGAGAGUGUGGCGGGAGAGAGUGUGGCGGGAGAGAGUGUGGCGGGAGAGAGUGUGGCGGGAGAGAGUGUGGCGGGAGAGAUUGUGGCGGGAGAGAGUGUGGCGGGAGAGAGUGUGGCGGGAGAGAGUGUGGCGGGAGAGAGUGUGGCGGGAGAGAGUGUGGCGGGAGAGAGUGUGGCGGGAGAGAGUGUGGCGGGAGAGAGUGUGGCGGGAGAGAUUGUGGCGGGAGAGAGUGUGGCGGGAGAGAGUGUGGCGGGAGAGAGUGUGGCGGGAGAGAGUGUGGCGGGAGAGAGUGUGGCGGGAGAGAUUUUGGCGGGAGAGAGUGUGGCGGGAGAGAGUGUGGCGGGAGAGAGUGUGGCGGGAGAGAGUGUGGCGGGAGAGAGUGUGGCGGGAGAGAUUGUGGCGGGAGAGAGUGUGGCGGGAGAGAGUGUGGCGGGAGAGAGUGUGGCGGGAGAGAGUGUGGCGGGAGAGAGUGUGGCGGGAGAGAUUGUGGCGGGAGAGAGUGUGGCGGGAGAGAGUGUGGCGGGAGAGAGUGUGGCGGGAGAGAGUGUGGCGGGAGAGAGUGUGGCGGGAGAGAUUGUGGCGGGAGAGAGUGUGGCGGGAGAGAGUGUGGCGGGAGAGAGUGUGGCGGGAGAGAUUGUCGCGGGAGAGAUUGUGGCGGGAGAGAGUGUGGCGGGAGAGAGUGUGGCGGGAGAGAGUGUGGCGGGAGAGAUUGUGGCGGGAGAGAGUGUGGCGGGAGAGAGUGUGGCGGGAGAGAUUGUGGCGGGAGAGAGUGUGGCGGGAGAGAGUGUGGCGGGAGAGAGUGUGGCGGGAGAGAGUGUGGCGGGAGAGAGUGUGGCGGGAGAGAGUGUGGCGGGAGAGAUUGUGGCGGGAGAGAGUGUGGCGGGAGAGAGUGUGGCGGGAGAGAGUGUGGCGGGAGAGAGUGUGGCGGGAGAGAGUGUGGCGGGAGAGAUUGUGGCGGGAGAGAGUGUGGCGGGAGAGAGUGUGGCGGGAGAGAGUGUGGCGGGAGAGAGUGUGGCGGGAGAGAUUGUGGCGGGAGAGAGUGUGGCGGGAGAGAGUGUGGCGGGAGAGAGUGUGGCGGGAGAGAUUGUGGCGGGAGAGAUUGUGGCGGGAGAGAGUGUGGCGGGAGAGAGUGUGGCGGGAGAGAGUGUGGCGGGAGAGAUUGUGGCGGGAGAGAGUGUGGCGGGAGAGAGUGUGGCGGGAGAGAGUGUGGCGGGAGAGAUUGUGGCGGGAGAGAGUGUGGCGGGAGAGAUUGUGGCGGGAGAGAUUGUGGCGGGAGAGAGUGUGGCGGGAGAGAUUGUGGCGGGAGAGAGUGUGGCGGGAGAGAGUGUGGCGGGAGAGAGUGUGGCGGGAGAGAGUGUGGCGGGAGAGAGUGUGGCGGGAGAGAGUGUGGCGGGAGAGAGUGUGGCGGGAGAGAGUGUGGCGGGAGAGAGUGUGGCGGGAGAGAGUGUGGCGGGAGAGAGUGUGGCGGGAGAGAUUGUGGCGGGAGAGAGUGUGGCGGGAGAGAGUGUGGCGGGAGAGAGUGUGGCGGUUGAGAGUGUGGCGGGAGAGAGUGUGGCGGGAGAGAGUGUGGCGGGAGAGAGUGUGGCGGGAGAGAGUGUGGCGGGAGAGAGUGUGGCGGGAGAGAUUGUGGCGGGAGAGAGUGUGGCGGGAGAGAGUGUGGCGGGAGAGAGUGUGGCGGGAGAGAGUGUGGCGGGAGAGAGUGUGGCGGGAGAGAUUGUGGCGGGAGAGAGUGUGGCGGGAGAGAGUGUGGCGGGAGAGAUUGUGGCGGGAGAGAGUGUGGCGGGAGAGAGUGUGGCGGGAGAGAGUGUGGCGGGAGAGAGUGUGGCGGGAGAGAGUGUGGCGGGAGAGAGUGUGGCGGGAGAGAGUGUGGCGGGAGAGAGUGUGGCGGGAGAGAGUGUGGCGGGAGAGAGUGUGGCGGGAGAGAGUGUGGCGGGAGAGAGUGUGGCGGGAGAGAGUGUGGCGGGAGAGAGUGUGGCGGGAGAGAGUGUGGCGGGAGAGAGUGUGGCGGGAGAGAGUGUGGCGGGAGAGAGUGUGGCGGGAGAGAUUGUGGCGGGAGAGAGUGUGGCGGGAGAGAGUGUGGCGGGAGAGAGUGUGGCGGGAGAGAGUGUGGCGGGAGAGAGUGUGGCGGGAGAGAUUGUGGCGGGAGAGAGUGUGGCGGGAGAGAGUGUGGCGGGAGAGAGUGUGGCGGGAGAGAUUGUCGCGGGAGAGAUUGUGGCGGGAGAGAGUGUGGCGGGAGAGAGUGUGGCGGGAGAGAGUGUGGCGGGAGAGAUUGUGGCGGGAGAGAGUGUGGCGGGAGAGAGUGUGGCGGGAGAGAUUGUGGCGGGAGAGAGUGUGGCGGGAGAGAGUGUGGCGGGAGAGAGUGUGGCGGGAGAGAGUGUGGCGGGAGAGAGUGUGGCGGGAGAGAGUGUGGCGGGAGAGAUUGUGGCGGGAGAGAGUGUGGCGGGAGAGAGUGUGGCGGGAGAGAGUGUGGCGGGAGAGAGUGUGGCGGGAGAGAGUGUGGCGGGAGAGAGUGUGGCGGGAGAGAGUGUGGCGGGAGAGAGUGUGGCGGGAGAGAGUGUGGCGGGAGAGAUUGUGGCGGGAGAGAGUGUGGCGGGAGAGAUUGUGGCGGGAGAGAGUGUGGCGGGAGAGAUUGUGGCGGGAGAGAGUGUGGCGGGAGAGAGUGUGGCGGGAGAGACUGUGGCGGGAGAGAGUGUGGCGGGAGAGAGUGUGGCGGGAGAGAUUGUGGCGGGAGAGAGUGUGGCGGGAGAGAUUGUGGCGGGAGAGAUUGUGGCGGGAGAGAGUGUGGCGGGAGAGAGUGUGGCGGGAGAGAGUGUGGCGGGAGAGAUUGUGGCGGGAGAGAGUGUGGCGGGAGAGAGUGUGGCGGGAGAGAGUGUGGCGGGAGAGAUUGUGGCGGGAGAGAGUGUGGCGGGAGAGAUUGUGGCGGGAGAGAUUGUGGCGGGAGAGAGUGUGGCGGGAGAGAUUGUGGCGGGAGAGAGUGUGGCGGGAGAGAGUGUGGCGGGAGAGAGUGUGGCGGGAGAGAGUGUGGCGGGAGAGAGUGUGGCGGGAGAGAGUGUGGCGGGAGAGAGUGUGGCGGGAGAGAGUGUGGCGGGAGAGAUUGUGGCGGGAGAGAGUGUGGCGGGAGAGAGUGUGGCGGGAGAGAGUGUGGCGGGAGAGAGUGUGGCGGGAGAGAGUGUGGCGGGAGAGAUUGUGGCGGGAGAGAGUGUGGCGGGAGAGAGUGUGGCGGGAGAGAGUGUGGCGGGAGAGAGUGUGGCGGGAGAGAGUGUGGCGGGAGAGAUUGUGGCGGGAGAGAGUGUGGCGGGAGAGAGUGUGGCGGGAGAGAGUGUGGCGGGAGAGAGUGUGGCGGGAGAGAUUGUGGCGGGAGAGAUUGUGGCGGGAGAGAGUGUGGCGGGAGAGAGUGUGGCGGGAGAGAGUGUGGCGGGAGAGAUUGUGGCGGGAGAGAGUGUGGCGGGAGAGAGUGUGGCGGGAGAGAGUGUGGCGGGAGAGAUUGUGGCGGGAGAGAGUGUGGCGGGAGAGAUUGUGGCGGGAGAGAUUGUGGCGGGAGAGAGUGUGGCGGGAGAGAUUGUGGCGGGAGAGAGUGUGGCGGGAGAGAGUGUGGCGGGAGAGAGUGUGGCGGGAGAGAGUGUGGCGGGAGAGAGUGUGGCGGGAGAGAGUGUGGCGGGAGAGAGUGUGGCGGGAGAGAGUGUGGCGGGAGAGAGUGUGGCGGGAGAGAGUGUGGCGGGAGAGAGUGUGGCGGGAGAGAGUGUGGCGGGAGAGAAGAGUGUGGCGGGAGAGAGUGUGGCGGGAGAGAGUGUGGCGGGAGAGAGUGUGGCGGGAGAGAUUGUGGCGGGAGAGAGUGUGGCGGGAGAGAGUGUGGCGGGAGAGAGUGUGGCGGGAGAGAGUGUGGCGGGAGAGAGUGUGGCGGGAGAGAUUGUGGCGGGAGAGAGUGUGGCGGGAGAGAGUGUGGCGGGAGAGAUUGUGGCGGGAGAGAGUGUGGCGGGAGAGAGUGUGGCGGGAGAGAGUGUGGCGGGAGAGAGUGUGGCGGGAGAGAGUGCGGCGGGAGAGAUUUUGGCGGGAGAGAGUGUGGCGGGAGAGAGUGUGGCGGGAGAGAGUGUGGCGGGAGAGAGUGUGGCGGGAGAGAGUGUGGCGGGAGAGAUUGUGGCGGGAGAGAGUGUGGCGGGAGAGAGUGUGGCGGGAGAGAGUGUGGCGGGAGAGAGUGUGGCGGGAGAGAGUGUGGCGGGAGAGAUUGUGGCGGGAGAGAGUGUGGCGGGAGAGAGUGUGGCGGGAGAGAGUGUGGCGGGAGAGAGUGUGGCGGGAGAGAGUGUGGCGGGAGAGAUUGUGGCGGGAGAGAGUGUGGCGGGAGAGAGUGUGGCGGGAGAGAGUGUGGCGGGAGAGAUUGUCGCGGGAGAGAUUGUGGCGGGAGAGAGUGUGGCGGGAGAGAGUGUGGCGGGAGAGAGUGUGGCGGGAGAGAUUGUGGCGGGAGAGAGUGUGGCGGGAGAGAGUGUGGCGGGAGAGAUUGUGGCGGGAGAGAGUGUGGCGGGAGAGAGUGUGGCGGGAGAGAGUGUGGCGGGAGAGAGUGUGGCGGGAGAGAGUGUGGCGGGAGAGAGUGUGGCGGGAGAGAUUGUGGCGGGAGAGAGUGUGGCGGGAGAGAGUGUGGCGGGAGAGAGUGUGGCGGGAGAGAGUGUGGCGGGAGAGAGUGUGGCGGGAGAGAUUGUGGCGGGAGAGAGUGUGGCGGGAGAGAGUGUGGCGGGAGAGAGUGUGGCGGGAGAGAUUGUGGCGGGAGAGAGUGUGGCGGGAGAGAUUGUGGCGGGAGAGAGUGUGGCGGGAGAGAUUGUGGCGGGAGAGAGUGUGGCGGGAGAGAGUGUGGCGGGAGAGACUGUGGCGGGAGAGAGUGUGGCGGGAGAGAGUGUGGCGGGAGAGAUUGUGGCGGGAGAGAGUGUGGCGGGAGAGAUUGUGGCGGGAGAGAGUGUGGCGGGAGAGAUUGUGGCGGGAGAGAUUGUGGCGGGAGAGAUUGUGGCGGGAGAGAUUGUGGCGGGAGAGAGUGUGGCGGGAGAGAGUGUGGCGGGAGAGAGUGUGGCGGGAGAGAGUGUGGCGGGAGAGAGUGUGGCGGGAGAGAGUGUGGCGGGAGAGAUUGUGGCGGGAGAGAGUGUGGCGGGAGAGAGUGUGGCGGGAGAGAGUGUGGCGGGAGAGAGUGUGGCGGGAGAGAGUGUGGCGGGAGAGAUUGUGGCGGGAGAGAGUGUGGCGGGAGAGAGUGUGGCGGGAGAGAGUGUGGCGGGAGAGAUUGUGGCGGGAGAGAUUGUGGCGGGAGAGAGUGUGGCGGGAGAGAUUGUGGCGGGAGAGAGUGUGGCGGGAGAGAUUGUGGCGGGAGAGAUUGUGGCGGGAGAGAGUGUGGCGGGAGAGAUUGUGGCGGGAGAGAGUGUGGCGGGAGAGAUUGUGGCGGGAGAGAUUGUGGCGGGAGAGAGUGUGGCGGGAGAGAUUGUGGCGGGAGAGAGUGUGGCGGGAGAGAUUGUGGCGGGAGAGAUUGUGGCGGGAGAGAGUGUGGCGGGAGAGAUUGUGGCGGGAGAGAGUGUGGCGGGAGAGAUUGUGGCGGGAGAGAUUGUGGCGGGAGAGAGUGUGGCGGGAGAGAUUGUGGCGGGAGAGAGUGUGGCGGGAGAGAUUGUGGCGGGAGAGAUUGUGGCGGGAGAGAUUGUGGCGGGAGAGAUUGUGGCGGGAGAGAUUGUGGCGGGAGAGAGUGUGGCGGGAGAGAUUGUGGCGGGAGAGAUUGUGGCGGGAGAGAGUGUGGCGGGAGAGAUUGUGGCGGGAGAGAUUGUGGCGGGAGAGAUUGUGGAGGAAAGAGAUGUGGCAGUGCCAGCAGCGGAUGCUAGCGUCAGUGGCGAGAGCGCAUCAGAGAGUGCGGACGGGGAGAGUGUGGAUGGAGAGAGCGUGGGGGGAGAGAGUGUGGAGGGAGACAGUGUGGGGGGAGAGAGUGUGGAGGGAGAGAGUGCAGGUGGAGAGGAGAAUGUGGCAGUGCCAGCAGCGGAUGCAAGCGUCAGUGGCGAGAGCACAUCAGAGGCUGCUUCGAAGAACAUUGAAGCGUCAGAGUCUGCGCCACCUUCUUCCCACUCUAGCUCUGAUUCCGAAUCAGACUGGUCCGACUCCGAACCUGCGCCCAAGCCUGUGCCCAUCCGAGCCUGGCGGGCAGGCAUGGCGAGUACAACAGCAGAAGCACCGGCCCCUGUGCCUGCUCCCACUCCUGUUGUCCAAACUGCAGCGGUGGGGCGACUGCGGAGUGACUUCCUCAACCGCUUCCAGCAGCAGCAGCAAUCUGAGCAGCCCUCUGUGCCUCCUCUUGGGUCUCCACAGCAGCAGCAGCAGCAGCAGCGGCAGCAGCUGCAGCAGGUGGAGGGAGAGAAGGAGGGAGAGGAAGAGGGUACGGCGAUAAUGGAGGUGAAGGAAGGGGGUGUGUCAGCAGGAGAUGAUGAAGCUGCAGUGGCAAUGGCAGAGGCUGAACCUCCCACCACGGCCAUAACCAUCAAGCCACGUGCCCCAGAUUCCUGGAUGAGGCAGCAGACCCACUCGUCUGAUUCAGAGUCUGACUCUGACUGGUCCGAUUCCGAGCCUGCGCCCCAGCCUGUGCCGAUCCGAGCCUGGAGGCCAGGUGCGGGGAGUGCUGUGGCUGCAGUGGCAGCUGCACCUGCGCCUGCCACCUCUCCUGCUGCCCAAAGUGCAGUGGUGGGGCGACUGCGGAGUGACUUCCUCAACCGCUUCCAGCAGCAGCAGCAGGAGGAGGACCGUCCCUCUGUGCCUCCUCUUGGAUCUCCACAACAGCAGCAGCAGCAGCAGCAGCAGAUGGAGGGAGAAGGGAAGAGAGUGGGAGAGGGUACGACAAUAGUGGAGGUGAAGGACGGGGUUUUGUUAGCAGCGGAAGAUCAUGAGGGAGAGGAAGUGAUGGUGACAGUGAGUGAGGAGGACAAAGCGGUUAAGGAAGGGAGAGUGGAAGUGAGCGAGGAAGAGGGAAUGGAAGCAACAGAGGAAGAGGGAAUGGAAGCGAGAGAGGAAGAGGGAGAGGAAGUGGGUGCGAUCGAGAGAGUGGGGGGUAAGGAAGCAAGGAUGGACGAGCAAGAGAGGGUGGAAGAGGGUAAGGAAGAGAGGGUGGAAGAGGGUACGGAAGAGAGGGUGGAAGAGGAUAAGGAAGAGAGAGGGGAAGAGGAUAAGGAAGUGAGGGUGGAAGAGGAUAAGGAAGAGAGAGGGGAAGAGGAUAAGGAAGAGUUGGAAGAGGAUAAGGAAGAGAGAGGGGAAGAGGAUAAGGAAGAGGUGGAAGAGGGUAGGGACGAAAGAGUGGAAGAUGGUGAGCAGAGAGUCGAAGCGAAUAAGGAAGUGAGGAUGGAAGAGGAAGAGAGGGUGGAUGAGGGUGAGGCGGAGAGUGCAGAAGAGGCUGGGGAUGAGCGAGUGGAAAAGGGUAGUGAGGUGGAGGAAGCGAGUAAGGAGGAGAGAAUAGAAGAGGAAGCGAGAUUGGAAGAGGGUACGGAGGAGAGGAUAGAGAAGGAAGAGAUGCAGGAAGAGAUGCAGGAAGAGAUGCAGGAAGAGAUGCAGGAAGAGGGUAAGGAAGAACAAGAGGAAGAGGGUAAUGAAGAGGGUAAGGAAGAACAAGAGGAAGAGGGUAAUGAAGAGGGUAAGGAAGAACAAGAGGAAGAGGGUAAUGAAGAGGGUAAGGAAGAACAAGAGGAAGAGGGUAAUGAAGAGGGUAAGGAAGAGAUGAAGGAAAAAAGAGAGGAGGAGGCUAGGGAAGAAAUCAAGGGAGAUGGUAUCUUGGUUGUCUCUUCUCCACCCCCACUCGCCUCCCCCCAGCCUCCCACCCUCCUCUCUUCACCUCAAAUUCCCCCACCUCCCGUUACCAUCAAGCCCCGCGCUGCAGAAUCGUGGAUGAGGCGACCCAAUCAGGCUGACUCUGACUCAGCCUCGGACUCUGACUGGUCCGACUCCGAGCCUGCGCCCAAGCCUGUGCCCAUCCGAGCCUGGAGAGCAGGUGCGGGGAGUGGUGAGGUGGCAGUAGCACCUGUGCCUGCCGCCUCUCCUCCCUCACAAACUGCCCCCGUGGGGCGGCUGCGGGGUGACUUCCUCAACCGCUUCCAGCAGCAGCAGCAGCAGCAGCUGGACCGACCGUCUGUGCCACCCCUUAGGUCCCCACAGCCGCCGCAGCAGCAGCAGCAGCAGCAGCAGCAGCAGCAGGUUCUCACUGAUGCUCCUGCUCGACUUCUGACCACUACUGCUGGUGCAAUUGACUCUGAUAAGGCGGCUGCUGCUGCUGCUUCUGCUGCAGCUGAGGAUGAUGUUCCUGGUGGUUCCGGUGAUGUGGCUGGGGCAGCAGCAGAGGCAGGAGGAGCAGCAGUGUCGACAGGGGCAGAAACGGCAGCACUGGCGGCUGUUGCUAGGGAUGAGGUUGGACAGGGAGAGGGGGCUCAGGGGGUGGAGGAGGAAGAGGGUGGUGCGCAGUCAGGUGAAUUGUCAGGUGGAGAGGUGUUACGAGGCGACCUGGUUUCUGCUGACGUGGCAUCAGGCCCAUCCUCUCCCGUGCCUGCUGAUGUGGCAUCAGGUCCAUCCACUCCUGUGCCAGCUGACGUGUCAGCAGAUGCACCAUCUUUACCUGACCCGUCCACUCAUCCAGCAAUGGUUGACCCCUCCCCCCCCGCCCUCUCCUCCCCUCAGCCUCUUUCCUCCUUGCAGCCCCUCUCUUCCCCUCAGCCUUCCACUCCUUCUCACCGCACUGCACCUCCCGUUACCAUCAAGCCUCGCGCAGCAGACUCAUGGAUGAAGCGACCCAAUCAGGACUCCGACUCAGGCUCGGAUUCUGACUGGUCCGACUCCGAACCUGCGCCCAAACCUGUACCGAUCCGAGCCUGGGGGCCAGGCAUGGCAAGCGCAGCGGCAGCAGCAGCAGCAGCACCGGCCCCUGUGCCUGCCACCUCUCCUGCUGCCCAACCUGCAGCAGUGGGGCGACUGCGGAGUGACUUCCUCAACCGCUUCCAGCAGCAGCAGCAGCCGGAGCAACCCUCUGUGCCUCCUCUUAGGUCUCCACAGCAGCAGUUGGCUGUGUCUCCUCGUGCACAACCCGUCGGUGCUGCUGCUGCUUCUGCUGAUACAGCUGGCACUGCUGAUUCUGCUACUGCUGCCGUGGCAACUGAUAGCGCUUCUUCUGCUGAUGCCGUUUCCAGUGCAGCAGCCGUUGCGGGCGCAACAGCAGUGGCUGCUGCGGCUGUAGCUGCCGCUGCACCUGCUGUCAUGGAGCGCCGGGAACAGGGAGAGCUGGAUAGCGGAGAGGAGGGCAUUACCAAGGCAGAGGAGGAGGGAAGUGAUUCUGAAACUGACGGAGGUGACGAUUGUGGAAGCACGAGAGCACCUGUGGUUGCAGAAGGUCCGCUUGCUGAUGCUGUGGGGGAGUUGCCUGCUGGGGUGGCAUCAGAAGCAGGAGCUGACGUGGCAUCGGAAGCUCUUGCUGAGGUGGAGGAGCAAGAGAAUGAGGCACGGGUGGAAGAGAAGGAGGAGGACGAGGGAGGAGAAGGAGGAGAGGAGGAAAAUGAGGAGGAUGAGAAAGAAGAGGAAGAAGCGAAGGAAGCAACGGAGGAAGAAGAGGACAAUGAGGAGGCAGAGGGAGCGGAGGGUGGAGAGAAAGAGGAGGGUGCUGCAGGGGGAGAGGAGGGUGCAGAAAGGGAGGAGGCCGCGGAGGGGGAGGAGGGUGCAGAGGAAGAGGAGGAAGAGGAGGAAGGAGGGAGUGAGGCAGGAGAGGAAUCCACCGAGGAGGUGACUGUAGAAGUGACAGAAGAGUAUGAAGAGGUGACUGUAGAGGAAACGGAGGAGUAUGAAGAGGUGACAGUGGAAGUGAUAGAGGAAUAUGAGGAAGUGACUGUAGAAGUAGAGGAAACAGGAGAAUACGAGGAGGUGACUGUGGAAGUAGAGGAAACGGGAGAGUAUGAGGAGGUGACUGUGGAAGUAGAGGAAAUGGGAGAAUAUGAGGAAGUGACUGUAGAAGAAACGGGUGAAUAUGAGGAGGUGACUGUAGAAGAAACAGGAGAAUACGAGGAAGUGACUGUAGAGGUAACUGAGGAAUACACUGAAGAGGAAGUUACUGUAGAGGUUACAGAGGAAGUCACAGACGAGGAUAAAUCCGAGGAGCUAGCAGAGGAAGGAGCAGGAGCAGCAGGUGGAAAAGAGGGAGAAAGCGCAGAGGGACAAGAGGUGGAAGAGGAGCAACAGGAGGAAGAGCAGGAGGAGGAACAGGAGGAGCAGGAGCAGGAGGAGCAGGAGGAUGAGCACGAGGAGGAGUAUGAAGAAUAUGAGGAGCAGGAAGAGGAAGAAGAGGAAGAGGAGGAGGAGGCAAGCGAAAAAGAGAGCACAAACAGCAGCAGCAGGGAAAGCAGCCCGAGGAACAAGCCAGAGGAGAAGGAAGAAGAGGAGGAUGAGGAGGCGAAGAUAAAGCGGCAGGAGCAGGAGGAGCGGAACGCGGAGGAGCAGCGGACGCUGCGGCUGCGGGUGGCGAGCAUGAAGCGGUUCAAUGUGGUGCUGGGGGAGCUGCGCUUCCGCCAGGGCAUCCGUGAUGAGGGGGAGGGGGAAGGAGGCGGAGGUGGAGGCGGAGGGGGGAGUGAGGGGAGCGGGACGGGCGCGUGUGGGACAGGAGGUGGAGGUGCUGUGGGGCAAGCUGGGGGAGCAGGCGCAGGGGGUCCUGUUGCGCUUCCUGCCAUGGCUGCUGCUGCUGCUGCUGCUGCUGGUCGCCAGGCCAACCCUCACAGUCCGGGCAAGUGCUCAAGCAUGCUCUCGCUGGUGGCGUCACAGGGCCUGCACGUGCCGGCCAGUGCUGUGACUCGAGAGAUCAUGGGGCUAACAGGGGGGUUGCUGCGGUCACGCAUGUUGUCGCUGGUGGCGUCACAGGGCCUGCACGUGCCGGCCAGUGCAGUGACUCGCGAAAUCAUGGGGCUCACAGGGGGGAGUGUUGGGCUGGGAAGCCGGAGCAUGGUGGUUCGGGAUAGCAUGGGGCGUGCGGGAGGGGGUGGUGCUAACCUGGGAAUGAGUCGGAGUAUGGUGAAGGAGAGAAAGCGGCCUUCGCUGCUGGAUAGUAGUGGUAGUGAGGAGGAAGAGGAAGAGGAGGAAGAGGAGGAAGAGGAAGAAGAGGAGGAAGAGGAGGUGGAGGAGGAGGGAGAGGAAGAGGAUGAUAAUGAUGAGGAGGGUGAGGGUGGAGCAGAGGAAGGGGAGGGAGAAGAGGAGGAAGAGGAAGAAGAGGAGGGGGAGGAGGAAGAGUAUGGAGAGGCGGAGGAGGAGGAGAAAGCAGGGGAAGAGGGGGGAGACGAGGAAGAGGAGGAGGAGGAGGAGGAGGAGGAUGGAUUGGAGCAAAAAGAGAAUGAGGAUGAGGAGGAGGAGAAGAAUGAGGCGGAGAAUGAGGAGAACACGGAGGAGAAGGAGAAGGAGGAGAACGAGGAGAACGAGGAGCAGGAGGACUUAGAGCACGAAGAUAUAGAGGUUGGGGGCGAGGAGACUUGGAAGAUGGAGGAGGCAGAGGAGGGUCUAGCUGAGGCAGGAGGAGGAGCGGAUGAGGAAGCAGGCAGUGAUGCUGCCAAAGACCCCCUGCUGCUGAAUGUGUCUGAGGGUGAGGGGCGUGUCAAGGCCCUUGCUGCUGCUAUGCUGUCGCCUACUGCUGCUGCUGCUGCUGCUGCUAUGCUGUCGCCUACUGCUGCUGCUGCUGCUGCUGCUGCUGAUACCACCACUGCAUCCCCUAAAGAGGCGGUGGCGUUAGGUGUUGCUGGGGGGCGUGUGAAGGCCCUUGCUGCUGUGGUGGCGUCUGCUGCUGCUGAUACCACCAGUGCACCCUCUAACAAGGCUGCGACUGUAGACGUUUCUGCUGGGAGGUUGAAAGCGCUGGCUGCUGUGGUGGCUUCUUCUGCUCCUGAUGACGCCACCAGUGCACCCUCUAAGGAACCGGCGACUCUGAAUGUUGCAGAGGGGCGUGUAAAGGCUCUUGCUGCUGUGGUGGCGUCUGCAACUCCUGACACCACAGCUGCAGCCCCUAAAGAGGCAGCAACUAUAAAUGUUCCUCGCGGGCAUGUGAAAGCUCUUGCUGCCGUGGUUGCGUCAACUGCUGCUCCUGCUGACGCCACCAGUUCAUCCCCCAAAGAGGCGGCGGCUGUAGAUAUCGCUGGCGGGCAUGUGAAAGCUCUGGCUGCUGUGGUGGCGUCUGUGGGUGCUGCUGGCGCCACCAGUGCACCCUCUAACGAGUCAGCGGGUCUAGAUGUUGCUGGGGGGCGUGUGAAGGCUCUUGCUGCCUCUGUGGCUGCUCCUGUUGCUGAUGAUACCACCAGUGCAUCCUCUAAAGAGUCACCGGGUCUAGAUAUUGCUGGGGGGCGUGUGAAGGCGCUGGCUGCUGCGGUGGCAUCCACUGCUGCUGCUGACGCCACCAGUGCACCCCCUAAAGAGGUGGUGGUGACUGGAGACGUUGCUGAGGGACGGGUGAAGGCUCUUGCUGCCUCUGUGGCUGCUCCUGCUGCUGCUGAUACCACCAGUGCACCCCUUGAAGAGGCAGCGGCUCUAGAUGUUGCAGAGGGACGGGUGAAGGCUCUUGCUGCUGUGGUGGCUUCUGUGGCAGCUGCUGACUCUGUCAGUGCAACGCCUAAAGGUGUGGCGAAUCCUGAUGUUGCAGAGGGGCUUGUGAAGGCUCUUGCUGCUGUGGUGGCUUCUGUGGCAGCUGCUGACUCUGUCAGUGCAACGCCUAAAGGUGUGGCGAAUCCUGAUGUUGCAGAGGGGCGUGUGAAGGCUCUUGCUGCUGUGGUGGCUUCUGUGGCAGCUGCUGACUCUGUCAGUGCAACGCCUAAAGGUGUGGCGAAUCCUGAUGUUGCAGAGGGGCGUGUGAAGGCUCUUGCUGCUCUGGCUGCCUCUGCUGCUGCAAACAACAGUGCUGAAAGCACCGGCGGUGCUUCAAAGGACUUGGCCUCUCUGGAGGUUGGAGAGGGGCGGGUGAGAGAGCUUGCUGCGCUUGCUGCCUCUGCUGCUGCCAAUAACAGUGCUGAAACUGCUGACAGUGCUCCAAAGGACUCCUCUCUGGACGCUGGUAAGGGCCGUGUGAAGGCUCUGGCUGCUCUUGCUUCCACUGGUGCUGACUGCAGUUCUGAAACCGUUGGCAAUACUCCAAAGAACUUGGCCUCUUCCGAGGUUGCAGAGGGGCGGGUGAAGGCUCUGGCUGCUCUUGCUGCCUCUGCUGCUGCUGUGGCGACAGCUGCAAGCUCUGCUGCUCCUCUCCAGUCCUCCCAGUCUUCUCCCCCAGCCAGCUCCUCUGAUUCGUCCCUCCCAGGCACCUACCUCCCCUCCACCACCGCUGCUGCUGCUACCUCUGGUAACAAUGUUAGUCAAGGCCAAUCUAAUAGCAAUGGUGAACCCACCACGCUGUACGGCAAUGACAAGAGCAUCCAGCAGCAGCAGCAGCGGCAGCAGCAGCAUUUGCACUACCCUGCUCCCUCCCCCCGUCUCAUCCACCGCCCCUACUCCCCGUCACCGCGCUCCAUCCCUCACUCCCCAUCCGCCCAUCUCCCCUGCUACACACGCUGCCCCUCCACCCAUCUCGUGAGUCCCAUUCGCCCCCGUGGAAGCUUCAGCCCCAGCAGGUUCCGAGCCUUUGAUGCUGCAGCAGUGGCAGCAGCAGCACUAGCAGGAGUUUCCCCUCAGCGCCGCCGCUCCCCUUCGCCGAACCUCCCACGUUAUUCCGCCUCUCCGGGGGCUUAUCCUAGCGGCUUUCCCAUCCGAACCUCGUCUGUGAGCCCGAGCCAGUCGCCCAUGGCCCGAGGCCUGCCUCCACGGUUGCCGCCGAGGUUCGGCAGCAGCGUGAGGUUCGGUGGGGGUGUGAGGGACCUGAGGUUUGGCGAGUUCCGUGAUUCGUUGAGAGAUUCGGAUUUCCGCGAGGGGGCGGGGAGGAGAGGUGCUGGCAUGGGGGAGGUAGGGGGAGGAGGAGCAGGAGGGGUUGGGGGUUUGGGGAAUGGCGGAGGGAGUGGGGGAUACAGCAAAUCUCGGUCGUUGGAUCGACAGAUAAGAGUGGGAUCACCAGGAGGGAUGGUGGGAGGUGCGGGGGAAGUGCUUAUAAUGAAGGGCAGUGGGGACAUAGAUGGAGAAGGGCACGAGGAGGAAAUGCUGGGGGAUGAUGCAGACAGCGAGGAGGAGAGAGAGGAGGAAGAUGAAGGGGAGGAUGAGGACGAUGCGGAGGAGGGAGAGGAGGAGCGAGAGGAGGAGGGUCCAGCGAGUGAGGGCAUGCAGACAGGAUGGCCAGCAGCUGCAACAGUGCCUUCAAGCGAGGCCAGCGGCAGUGGCGACAGCAACAGCGUUACUGCUACCAGCAAUGGUGGCAGCAGCAUGGGCAAGACAUGGAAGGACAUUCUGCUCUCUGUGAAAGCAGUGACUCAGCCCGGAGCAGCUGCUCCCGGUUUGAAUGCAGGGAGGCAAGAGGGUGCAGGCGCUGCUGCCCUGGUGGCUGUAGCGGCGGAGGUUGUAGCGGGAAUGCACGGAGGCAGGGAGGGAGGGGUGGGUGAUGUGGCUGGGGUGUUGGGGAAUGGAGCAUUGGUGUUUGGUGCAGUUGAUGUGGCGGGGGGGACGGCAGGGAAGUCGGUGGGGGCGAUUGGAGAAAUGCAUGGGGAGGCGUGCCGGCAGGAGGGAUGGAAGAGGGCGAGAAGCGUUGCAACUGGGGUAAUGGCGACUGGUGGGGUGAUGGCAGGUGGGCAGCAGCAUUCGAUAUACAGAGGGAUAGCAGAGGGAGAAGAGGAGGGAGGGAUGGAGAACGAAGAGGAGGCUAGGAGCAGGGACGGACCAGCUGUGGUAGAAGGGAAAGUUGUUGGGGGGGUUGGAGCAGAAAAAGAGGCAGCAGAGGCAGAGGUUGCAGCUGCAAACAGCAACACGGGUGCAGAGGCGAGAGGGAGGGUGGAGGAGUGGGGGGAGCAGAGUCCCAUUAGGGAGCUGCUGGGGGCGUUGGAGUCUCCCACCAGAUGGGCUCACCUGUGUGCCAAGAUGGAGCAGCAGAGGCAGCUGUAUGAAGCCCUUGAUGACUCAAGAGCCACCCAGCUAUCAGAUCUGCCAGACGAGUUCAUCGUCCAGAUCCUCUCUCGACUCACCGACCCGCUCGACUGGGCGGCGUGUCUCGGCCUAUCCCGGCGCUUCGCUGCCCUCUCCUGCCUCGCGCUGCAAGCGCUCUACCUCCUUCCGAACCGCCUGCUCCCCAAGCCUCUGCUGGCUCGGUACCUAGCCUGUUACCCGAACCUGACAUUGCUGUACCUGCCCUGGAAUAGCCUGGAGGUUGAAGGGGACGAUGUUUUCGAGAUGAUUGCUUCAUCCAGAUUGGAGCUGCAGGCUCUGCACAUUGAUGUCUUCCCUGGUUACAAUGAGCGCACCUCUGCAAGAACACCAGCAGGCCUCACCACCCUCUUCACCUCCCUCCCCUCUCUCCGCUCUCUCUCGCUCUGCACCGGCCGAUUCAUACGCUCCCUCCCGGCCUCCAUCGCCCGCCUCUCGCUCUUAGAGGAGCUGCUUAUAAUGAAUCAGUCUUCGAAGCUCGGUUUGCGUUCUCUUCCACCUGCCCUCAGUCAGCUUUCGAAUCUUCGCCGCCUCGUGCUGGACUCCUGCUUGCAGCUCCCUACGCUGCCCGAGGAAAUUGGGCAGCUGACUGGAUUGGAGGAGCUGGAGCUGCUGAGUCUGGAUUGUCUACGCCAGCUGCCCGAAACUAUCGGGCAGCUUAAGCGCCUGAAGUGGUUCAAGAUGUGCUGGUGCAUGUCAGUUCGCAGCCUGCCCGAGAGCAUCGGGCAGCUGAAAGAAUUGGAGGAGAUGGUGAUCAACAUGGCAGCAAGUGAAACUUGGCUGGGCAGCCUAAAAGAGCUUCCUCAAUCUUUCGGUCAGCUCUGCUCCCUGCGGUUCCUGAAGAUUGUCGGCUGCCCGUUGAUGCUGGAUCCGCCCGAAUCUUUAGGGCAGCUUUAUCAGCUAGAAGAAUUUGUCUUCGACAACAAGGGCUUUGCAGAGGAGUCCGAAGCUUGCGGACUUUUAUCCCUGCCCAACUCCUUCGGGCAGCUGACAAGUCUAGUGCGAUUGGAGCUCCGCAACUGCUUCGCCCUCACCUCCCUGCCCGAAUCUCUGGGGCAGCUUCCGUACCUCUACUCGCUGAAGCUCAUUGGCUGCUAUUCUCUCGCCACGUUGCCCGAAUCUCUGGGCAGCUCGGGCAGCCUCCAGCUGCUUCUUGUGGAUAACAAGGUGGAUGAUGAUGAGGAUGAGGAGGAUGAGGAUGGGGAGGAGGGUGAGGAGGAGGAUGGGGAGGAGGAUGGGAUGAGCAUAGUGAGCCAUUCAACGGCCUUGGACAUGCAUAUGAGCAUGAACGGCACUGACGACACCGCUGCCAGCGACGAUGGCGCAAGCACCGGCAGAAACGGGGACGAAGAAAAUCACAAUAGUUAUGGUCAUGACAAUGUUGACGAUGAUGAGGAGGAUGAGGAUGAUGAUGGUCCGAGUGGUCUGCUCGCCCUGCCGGCAUCCAUGGGCAUCACCCCAUCAGCCAUGUGCAAUCUGCGCCAGCUGGUCCUACGAGCCAACGUCUCCCUCACCGCCCUCCCGCCCGCCUUCUUCUCUCUCCGCCUCCUCGAAAGCCUCGUCCUUGACUUCACCGAGACCAGAAACCGGGAGUCAUUCUCAGACCUGCCAGUGAAUUCUCCCAGCCGCCUGGGCUCCCGAUCAGCGUCUCAGGCAUCGCUCUCUGGUCUCGCUGCAGGGAGCAGCGCAGUUGGUAUGGGCACAGGCAGCGAUGCGGUUACCACAGAGACAGGCGGUGGGAUAAACUCUUCCCUCAUGCUGAUUCUGCCGGCUGACUUGCCACCCACACCGGAGAAGAAAACCAAGCCUGCCGGGAUAGCUGAGCUUCCAGAGGAGAUUUCCCAGCUGGUUAGUCUUCGGCGGUUGGAUCUGAUUGGCUGCUCGAAGCUUUCCAAGCUGCCCGAGUCUCUGGGCAGCCUUCAGUUUCUGCAGAGGCUGGUGGUGGCGUUCUGUCCAGCCAUUCAGGCUCUCCCGGCUGGCGUCGGGCAGCUGAAAUUCCUCCAGACUUUUGUUGUCCAGAACUGCCCGAAUCUGCUGUACCUGCCCGACUCAUUGACAGCAUUGGCUGGGCUGCCCGAGCUGUGCAUAGAUGAGAAAUCUGUGGGUGUGAAGAUUCCAGAGCAUUUGUUGAGGCUGCCUGGGUUCCGCCGUGACAGCUGUUUCUUUGAAGACCGGCUCUUCAUUGACCUGAUUGAGUAG